GGCCAUACAACUCAAUUUGGCUCGUUGACCAGGGAGAUGCUCCGCGCCGCCUUGACCAAGUCCGUGCCCCGGCGCCAGACGCCGACGUGGGCGCAUGCGGCCUUCUCCGCCAUGCCCACCUCGAGCGAGCGUGAGGACAAGCUCCGCCUCACGCCCCGGCGGUUCGCGCUGCAGGAGGCCGCCCAUGGCCUCUCGUUGGCCUCGAGCGCCGCCUUGGUGGCGGUGACGCCCCGCCUGCACUACGCCCAUGCGACGUCGCCGUUCCAGCACGCGCGCUUCAUGAGCACGGAUGCUAAGAAGCCCAACGUGACGCUUCGCCGGCGCAACUCGAGCUUCAUCCACGAGCAGGAAGACCGUCUGGACAAGGCGCUCGAGAAGGUCGGCGAGCGCGGGUUCCAGGUCAAGGAUCUCCAGAACCUCGACGAGAAGAUCUCUCAGAAGGCAAUGAGCUUCGUCAAGAACUCGCCGUCCAUGGUGCUGAGCGCGGCCAAGACGCUGAAGGAGUGGGUCCGGCUCUGCAUCCAGGAGCCGGCGCGCGUCCAGGCAUGGCUCAAGGAGACCAAGGAACACAUUGGCCACGAGCUUAAGCACUACUGGAUCGGCACCAAGCUGCUGUACGCGGACGUGUCGACGUCGACGCGCAUCUUGCGCCGCGUGCUCAAGGGUAACGCGCUCUCGCGCCGCGAGCGCAAGCAGCUCCAGCGCACGGUCGCCGACUUGCUGCGCCUCGUGCCCUUUGCGUUCUUGUCGUCGUGCCCUUCAUGGAGCUUUUGCUUCCGUUUGCGCUCAAGAUGUUCCCGAACAUGCUCCCAAGCACGUACAAGCACGACUUUCAGCGCGAAGAGGACAUGAAGCGCCAGCUCCAGCUGCGCGUGUCGCUGGCCGAGUUCCUCCAAGAGACCGUCAAGGACGUCAUGCAGGACACGCGCGACACGGAAGGCCUCACGGAGGAGAAGCGCGCGACGGCCAAGGAGGUCAUGAGCUUCAUCGAGCGUGCGCAGCGCGGCGAGCCGCUGAGCAGCGAGGAGACGCUCAAGAUCGCGUACCUCUUCAACGACGAAGUGACGCUCGACAACAUCUCGCGGCCGCAGCUCGUGGGGAUGUGCCGCUACAUGGGCGUCAACCCGUACGGCAACGACAACUUCCUGCGCUUCCAGCUCCGCAUGAAGAUCCGCGCGCUCAAGAAGGACGACCAGGAAAUCAUCUGGGAAGGCCUCGACUCGCUCAACAAGGAAGAGCUUCAGAUUGCGUGCAUGGAGCGUGGUAUGCGUGCGACGGGCCUCACCAAGGGCGGCUACGUCAAGCAGAUGCGCCAGUGGCUCGAUCUCUCGAUCAACAAGAACGUGCCGGCGUCGCUGCUGAUUCUGUCGCGCGCGAUGAACAUCACGUCGGUCGACAGUCCAGAGGCAGCGCUUGCGGCGUCGCUCUCGAGCAUGGACGAAGAAGUCGUGACCGAAGUGGCGCUGGCGGCCAAGCAGCCGUCGUCGUCGGGCGCGGCGACGACCGCCGAUAAGCUCCAGAUCAAGGAACUGCAGCUCGAGUCGAUUCGGUACCAGAACGAGAUGAUUGCGGACGAGGAGAAGCUCCGCGAGGAAGCCAAGAAGCGCUCGGACGACGAAGCGACCAAGAAGCAGGAAGACCACGAGAGCAAGCAGCUCGAACAGGAAAAGAUCGAGAUGGACAACCUCCUCGAGGCGUCCCUCGACCAGUCGCGCGUCGCGGAGAUCAAGAACCUCUCGGAGACGUUGCCGGCCGAGCGCGUCUCGUCCGUCGAUGCGAUGCCGUCCAGCGUCCUCGAGCAAGAACGCAAGCUGACGCUCGAAGAAGUGAGCGCGCUCGAGUCGCUGGCGUUCAAGUCGCUCGUUGAGAAGGAACGCCAGGUCAUGGCCAAGAUGAAGAUCGACAAGAGCGCGAUGGACGUCCAGGGCCUCCUCGCGGCCGGCCGCAUUGGCGCCGUCAAGGAGAACAAGACGGCCGACCUCAUGCUCAAGAAGCUCGACUCGAUGCUCUCGAAGCUCGAGGUGGAGCUCGACAAGGUCGACAAGGACGUGGGCGACCGCCUCAACAUUCUCGAUCGCGAUUCGGACGGCGUCGUCGACGUGACCGAGUUCAAGACGGCCGUCAUGACGAUUCUGCGCAAGAACAAAACGGAGGAGGCCGCCGAGUGGAUCGUGUCGCAGAUCGACGAGGACAAGGACGGCAAGAUUUCGCUCGAGGAACUCGUCAACUGGGUCGAGCAGAAGCGCGACUUGCUCGAGGCGACGGGCGAGCUCUCGCCGCACCGCGACGAGACGCUGGACCAGGACAUCCUCAAGGAAGUCACGACGCUCAAGCGCACGGAGAGCAAGAAGGGCACGCCCGCCAACUAAAUCCUGCGUCAAUAUAAUGUGUAGUAGAUUCCAGUCACCUGU